CGCGCUGCGGGAAGCCAGGGUGGCGUGUGCGCGUCGCCUGCUAACCGAGGCAGCGGCGGGAGGAGGAGCAGCGGGCACUGAGGUUCUCUGUCCCUCACAGAAAUGGAUCACUUAAGGCCUGGGAGGACUCAAUUAUCACAGUACUCCUGUACCGUCAACUAAGGUUUAUAUGACAGUUUAUAGACCCACUGAAGAGUUAAAAGAAGAGAUUCUUUCAUAGAAACAGUCCUAUAGUACCAUGCUACUAAAGUGUACAUAUUUAAGUUAUUAGACUUGCUAAUAUAAGCAUAAAUGUGCGGCAGCUACUGUAUACUGAUAGCUACCAAACCUCAAAUUUAAAGAUUUCCCUUCAUGGAAAAGUUACUAUAUUUUGCAAGAACCACUGAACACUGUCAUCAAAUAUUUUUUCAGCAAAGUAUCAUUUAGGAAAUUUUUCUUGAAACAAACUCUAUAAAGUUCUGAGUCCUACCAUUGAGUGAAUUUGAUAUUAUGGCAGCAACUUACAGACUUGUGGUUAGCACUGUGAACCAUUAUAGCAGUGUAGUGAUAGACCGGCGCUUUGAACAAGCCAUACAUUAUUGCACUGGAACCUGUCAUACCUUCACACAUGGGAUAGACUGCAUUGUGGUGCAUCAUAGUGUUUGUGCAGACCUCUUACAUAUCCCUGUAUCUCAGUUCAAAGAUGCAGAUCUGAACUCUGUGUUUUUGUCUCAUGAGAAUGGGCUUUCCUCAGCUGAAGAUUAUCCCCAUCAGGCCCUCACAGGCAUACCCAGGGCCAAGAAAGCAUCUACAUUUCAGAAUACCUGUAACUUAAAGGACAUUGCAGGAGAAGCAAUCAGCUUUGCCAGUGGGAAAAUAAAGGAAUUUUCCCUUGAAAAACUCAGAAAUGCAAACCAUGCAGCUUACAAAAAAGGAAGAAAAGUUAAAUCUGACUCAUUUAAUAGGAGGUCAGUUGAUUUUGACUUACUCUGUGGCCAUUAUAAUAAUGAUGGGACCUCUCCAUCCUUUGGCUUACUCCGGAGUUCCUCAGUGGAGGAAAAAUCUUUAUCUCAUAGAAAUUCAUUAGAUACAAACCUGACUUCCAUGCUUUUUCAGAACUUGUCUGAAGAAGAUCUAGUUACACAGAUUUUGGAAAAACAUAAAAUAGAUCAUUUUUCUCCUGGGACAGACAUAAAAAUGUGCUUGGACAUCUUACUGAAAUGCUCUGAAGAUUUGAAAAAAUGCACAGACAUCAUAAAACAAUGUAUAAAGAAAAAGUCAGGAGGAAGCAUCAAUGAAGGAAGUGGCAAUGAGGCAAUUUCUAACUCUGAAACUGUCUAUAUGAAUGUAAUGACCAGGUUAGCUUACUACCUGAGAAAGUUACCAUUUGAAUUUAUGCAGUCUGGGAAUAACGAGACCGUAGAUUUGACAGAACUUGUCAAUAAUAUACCUAACUUACAGCUGACUCCAUUCUCCCCAUUAUAUGGGACUGAACAGCCCCCUAAAUAUGAAGAUAUUGUCCACCUCUCAGCCCUUGACUCUGCACAGUUUCAGACUGUUGAAUUGAAAGAUGACAAGCAUAAUUUUAAACAAACAGACACUGUAAAAACCACUCCAAACAACACAAAUUCCUUGUGUAGCUUGGAGGUAAACGAUCCUGGAACUCUAAAACCUGUGCAGCUUCAAUCACCGUUAUUAACCGUAAGCCAUUUAGAGAAUGUUUCUUCUGGUAACUUAAUGGAAACUCUAUAUAUUGAAGAAGAGUCAGAUGGGAAGAAAUCAUUAGAUAAAGGACAAAAAGCAGAGAAUGGACAAGGUCAGGAACCAUUAAAGGUAAAUGAACAUAAAGAAUUUUCAGACCAUGAUACCUAUCUUAAAAAAUGUCCUGCCUCAAUGCAAAAUGAAAUUGGUAAGAUAUUUGAAGAGCCAAUGAUGGUUCAUCCACCUAAGGAAGAUUCUAAAUUAGCAGUUCCUACCACAGAACUCAGAGACCAGAGACACUUUAUAAAUCCCAACAGUCAAGAAGAGAUAGACAAAUUAUUAAUGGAUUUGGAAUCAUUCUCACAGAAAAUGGAGACCUCUCUAGGAGAACCACUUGCCAAGGGUAAAAGCAUCAAUUCUCUAAAUAGUCAUAGUCAUUUGACUGGUCAGAUCCGAAAAGAUCUUGAGUCUAAACCUGUAGUCUCUUCAGCUACGGAAAAAGUCUCACCUUCUUGUCUAACAAGGAUUAUUGAAAACAAUGGACACAAAAUAGAGGAAGAGGACCGAGCCCUCUUACUUCGAAUUCUGGAAAGCAUUGAAGACUUUGCUCAAGAACUAGUUGAAUGCAAGUCAGGCAGAGGAAGCCUAUCACAAGAAAAGGAAAUGAUGCAAAUUCUACAGGAAACCUUGACAACUUCCUCCCAGCCCACUCCCUCCAUCUGUAGGAGCCCUGUGGGUGAGAAACCCAAAGAUAGUGCUUCAGUUGUUUUGAUUCAGCAGACACCAGAAGUGAUCAAGAUUCAAAAUAAACCAGAAAAAAAACCUGCAACACCAUGUCCACCUGCAGCUGCCCUUCCAAGUAGUCCCCAGCCUGUCUCCCCUGUUCCUUGUGUGAGUGAUGUCGCAAAUACACCGUUGUCCAUAAACAUUCCACAGUUCUACUUUCCUGAAGGACUCCCAGACACCUGCAGUAACCAUGAACAGAUCCUAAGCAGAAUUGAAACUGCUUUCAAGGACAUUGAAGAUCAGAAAGCAGAUAUUCAUGAAAUGGGGAGAAUUGCAAAGGUCUGUGGCUGUCCACUCUAUUGGAAAGCCCCCAUGUUCAGGGCUGCAGGAGGAGAGAAGACUGGACUUGUGACAGCACAGUCAUUCAUCACCAUGUGGAAAAAGUUGCUAAGUAACCAUCAUGACGAUGCCUCCAAAUUCAUCUGGCUUCUGGCAAAGCCCAGCUGCAGCUAUCUAGAACAAGAGGAUUUUAUCCCUUUACUUCAGGAUGUGGUAGAUACACACCCUGGCCUCACCUUCCUGAAAGAUGCUCCAGAAUUCCAUUCCCGCUACAUCACCACGGUUGUUCAGAGAAUAUUCUACACAGUCAACAGAUCCUGGAGUGGAAAAAUUACUUCGACAGAGAUAAGGAAAAGCAACUUUUUGCAAACUCUGGCCCUUUUGGAGGAAGAGGAAGAUAUAAACCAAAUCACAGAUUACUUCUCUUAUGAACAUUUCUAUGUCAUUUAUUGUAAAUUCUGGGAACUAGAUGGUGAUCAUGACCUGUACAUCAGCCAAGCUGAUCUGUCUCGAUACAAUGACCAGGCUUCAUCAAGUAGAAUUAUUGAAAGAAUAUUUUCUGGAGCAGUGACAAGAGGAAAAACUGUACAAAAAGAGGGAAGAAUGAGCUAUGCAGAUUUUGUUUGGUUUUUGAUUUCUGAGGAAGACAAACGGAAUCCUACCAGCAUUGAGUACUGGUUCCGCUGCAUGGAUGUGGAUGGAGACGGCAUACUUUCCAUGUAUGAACUAGAAUACUUCUAUGAAGAGCAGUGUGAACGGAUGGAAGCCAUGGGCAUUGAGCCCUUGCCGUUCCAUGAUCUGUUGUGCCAGAUGCUUGAUUUGGUGAAACCAGCUAGUGAUGGCAGAAUAACUCUGCGAGAUCUGAAGAGGUGCAGAAUGGCUCACAUCUUCUAUGACACUUUCUUUAACCUGGAGAAAUAUUUGGACCAUGAACAAAGAGAUCCUUUUGCAGUCCAGAAGGAUGUUGAAAAUGAUGGCCCUGAGCCCUCUGACUGGGACAGAUUUGCUGCUGAGGAGUAUGAGGCUCUGGUGACUGAGGAAUCUGCCCAGGUUCAGCUCCAGGAAGGCUCAUUUGAAGAGUAUGAAUCGGAUGAACCUGUAUCUCCCUCUGAACUUGGAAACAAGGGCAAUAAAAUAGUAACUUCAAGCCUUUCAGAGAAAUGUGGAAAGCUUCAGUCAGUGGAUGAAGAGUAGUUGCCAUUAUCUACACAAAAAGGAUGGUGUGGAGAGAUGUUCUAGUUUGUGCACUGCUUUGUAAAGGGUUUGAUUCCUCCAAGUGCACUAGAAACUAAAAUGCUCUAAGUAGUUCAGCACAGGAGACCCCUCCAGUUUGUUGAAAAUGUGCAGAGCUCUUCCUUGGAAGUAACAUACUGUCAUCAGUCACCUUCCAAAGUCUGCAGUCCGUGUUCUACACCCCUCAGUGUAUGGAGGCUCUCUUGGAAACAAGGCCACACACAGUUCUCUGUACAGAAGCAGAAGCUGCCUUGGUAUUGGCCAGCUUCCCUAGGGUACCUCAGGCUCCUACAGAACCUGUAAGAAAACUUCACUUGCAGAAAACUUGAGUCAAAAAUUUUGGAACUUGAAAAAGGGCCUCUAGAACUGGCUUUGUCCUAGUAACAAAAGCACUGCCAAAACAUCUCAGAAACUACGUCUAUGUACUGGAGUUCAGGGACCUUGAAUUUACCUGGUUUAAUGUAAUUUCACAAUGACCUGCCAAACUGCUAAGUCACUUUACAUUCUCAGGUAUUGUAACCAACCACUGGGCCCUUCCAGCUCUGCUGGUUAAGCUCUGGCAGCCUCUGCAUCUGACUGUGGACCUUGUGUAAAAAUCUCAUGAAAAUUUUUCUGAAAAUGAAGACAAGUACAGAAUUUGGCACUUACUAACAUUUGCAGACAAUUAUUGGAUGAUGUAUUAAUCUACAGAUUAAUGACCUAUUUUCAUUUCUAGCAGAAGGCUUUACUUGAAGACUUAAGGAAUGUGACAAACCAUUGAAACUUCUCACUAUACAUACUCCGUUCCCCUCUCUUGAAUACUAGACGAAGUCAAAAGUAAAAGGCACAAACUAAGCAACAGUAUUCCUUACUUCCUGUGGAAAAUACCUACUACAGCAGGUGUUUCAUCCACCUCACUCUAUCAACCUUGGAAGAAAAACAAUGAUUCUCACCCACAGUAGAAAGCCUGUUUUACUACAGUAGUAAAUUAAGAGUCCUAUACUUUUCAACAGGCCACAGUGCAGCCAACCCCUACAAUAUGGUUGUUGUUACCCUUUAUGCUGAAAAAAAAAAAA